GAGCAGGGGAACCAGGAGAAACAGCUCCUGAAUUAGCCAGCACUUUGAGCGCUCAGAAAUCCCCUCCUCCAAGCCGAGGGUGUCUGCCGGGACCACUACUCCCAAUUCUAGGCAGUUAAUCCUCCUGUUCCUGCACCCCCACGUCACCCUUUACAAACCAUGAUGUUUGUUGCCCCGUGUUGUAAUUGCUCGUGUGUGUUUCUCAGACUGUGAGUUCCCUGAAGGCAGGGGAUAGUCCUUGUUGCUCUUUGUGCACACAGUAGGCGCUCAAUAAACGUGCAUUGGAGGAACAGGGGAGAUUUUUAUUGAGCACCUACUGUGGACUCAGCACUCUCUCUGCGCACGUGUAUGUAUCAGGCGACCAAAUCGAAAAGCUGAAAGGAGCGUGAGUUUUACAAGCGGGAGGAGAUGCCAGCCGAUGCAGUUGGAGCUUGAAAGCUUUGGCGCCGUCUGUGCACAGACUGCCGGAGCUCGGGAACCGAGGCUGUCGCCCUGUGUCUCCCCAGACCUGCCGACGCUCAGCCUGCUGGGAUGAGCCUCCCCUCCCCCGCCCGCCGCUGCCCGGGGACCGGGACAGGGACGGCCCGCUCCGCUCAGGAUGAGAGGUGACAGCGUUGGCUUUCUCCGGCAGCCACCCGUCCCCGGCCAGGGCCUGCCGGCUUGGUGGUUGCUUCUCCAUUUCUGAUUCUCCUCAUCCCCAUGGACCCACAGCCGUAACCAUGGUGACACGGGUCGUCGAGGUCAGCUCCAUAGCGUCCUUGACGGGAGUGCCAGGCCUCGGGGACAUCGCCAAGGAGGAUGCCCUGACACGGACCUACUUCUGCCAGGCCGGGGACGCCCCGGGGGCCCCCUCGGCGCUGCUCCUGGACGGGAAGAGCACCCUCCGCAGCCCGGCCCGCUCGCUCCCCCUGCCCAGACUCGCCCCCAAGCCCUUCUCCAGGGACAAGGCCCCCGACGUGAAGCCCCCCGUUGUUGCGUCCUUGCGGCCCAGCCUGGCCAGGCCGUCUCCUGCCUGUGGGGUCCCCCAGGACGUGGCUGCAAAGGCCACGAGCGAGAGGAUGCCCGGCCUGCUGGGGCAGGAGGUGGGCGGCGGCGAGGGCCUGCGGAGGAGCUCGUCUCUGUUCAACAAGCCCACGUUUCUGCGGCCCAGCCCCAGCGCCACGGUUCUCUUGGAAACCACCCAAGCCGGGCCCUCUCUGGGCCCAGGCAGCAGGGACGGGGCUCCGGAGGCCAACACGAGAGUGUCCCAGGAGGCUCCGUCGGGUCCGCGGCCUGAAGUGGCCGCCAAGCCUGCCCUGCCCUCCCGGAAGCCUGGGGGGGCCCUUCCCCGGCCUGGCCCCCUGUCGCAGGACACAAGGCCGGCUGCCACCCAAGAGGAGCCAGGCCCCCCCGAGGCUCUCCCGAAGGCCAGCCGCGUGGAGGCCACGGGGGGCCCUGCCCCGGAGCCCAGGCCUCGCCUGAGGAGAAGGCCGGUGUCGGCCAUUUUCAUCGACUCCCUUCAGCCUCAGCAGCCAGGCCCGGGGGGAGCAGCUGCGGGGGGCAAGGCGCCCCCCACCCCUCCUGAGAAGUCCUGGGUGAGGAAGCCCAGGCCCCUGUCCGUGGACCUCACCGCCCGCUUCGAGAGCAGAGAGGCCUUGCUGAGGAAGGCGGCCGCCGAGGCCACCGCGGGUCCCGGCGCCCAGCGUCGUGGGCCGGAGGGGUCCGACUCCGAGCCCAGAGUGGAUGAGAAGUGUUUGCUCAAAGCAGAGGCGCCCCUUCUUGACCCGGAUUCACACUUCCUGGAGGUGGCCAAGAAGAUCCAGGAACGGAAGGAGAAGAUGCUGUUUAAGCAGGUGGAGAUGGGCAGCCUCGGUCCCCCCAGGGGCACGGCCAAGGUCACCCCCACAGAGGACCAGAAUCUUGGGGAAGGGAGAGCCAAGCUGGACGGGGACUUGGAGAAGGCUCCCAAGUCCCCUUCCUCCAGGCCGGGGAAAGGCCCAGAAUUUGCUGCCGGGGAGGUCCUGGCGCCGGCAGAGUGGACCUCCAGGGGCAGCGUCAGGAAGCGCAUCAGCCUGUUCGGGGAGGAGAGCGCCACGGCCUUGGCAGCGGGGUCUGAGCCCCCACGGGCCACUCCUGAGUCCCCAUCCACCACCCCAGAGCCGGAGAAAGCAGGUGUGAGCGUCCAGGAACGGAUCAAGGGCUGGACGGCCGAGGGCUCCGAGGCCAAGCUGGAGAUCAGGAGGAGGGCGUUCCAGGCCCGGCCCCUGUCGGCGGAUUUGACCAAACUGUUUUCGAGUCCUGCUGCGAGCACUGAAGUCAGAUCCGAACAGUGUGCCGAGCCGGGUGGCGAGCUCUCGAAGGAACGCGGAGAGAAGCACAAGGAAGGGCCUGGUUUGGACAGACCCUUGGUCCUGAAAAGCCCCCGGAAGCCCAGGACGCCACGGGAGGGGUCCAGGCAGACGGAGCAGAAAGACAGCUCCAACCACGUGCCCGACGACUGUCGAGGGGGACGCUCGGUAGGGCGCCGGAGCUCCUCUGACAGCACUCCGGAGGACGAUGGAAGCUUCCAGACGGUGUGGGCCACCGUGUUUGAGCAUCACGUGGAGAGGCACACGGUGGCCGACCAGUCAGGACGCUGUCCCGUGGCCACGCCCUUUGGUGACGUGCCCGAUGCCCGCGGCUCGGGGCUCAGACCCAGGCCUGAGAGAGGCUCGUGGCUGGGGACAGACCCGCCUGAAAAGACAAACCUCAAGAAGGAUAACUCCAGGCGGUUUGACAGUCCCGACAUGGAGAAGCUGGGACAGACCGCCCUCUCCAAUGGGGAGCCUAAAUCGUGUCACACGGUGCUCCCGGAAAAAUACCCUUUGGGUGAAAACCGCUAUGAGAUCCCCUUCCGGAGGCGCUCAGAAAACCCGCCCGCCUCCCAGAGAGUGGAGCCCAAGUAUGACAUUGUGCACACAGUGGGGGCACGUGCGCACAGUGAGGCCAUCUCCACGGCGCCCGAGGGAAAAGCCGUGACGCUCCGAAGUGGCAGGUCUCGGCUCUCGCUGACGGGGAGGCAGCUGUCCCCUGAGGUGGCCCCCGCCGACCCAGAGUGCAGGCUGGACGGGCAAGCGGGGUCCGUCCACAGGGCCAGUUUGAUCUGGGAAGCUCGAGGGGCACAUGAGGUUGGUGGGUCCAGGCCUGACUUCCGGGAGCCAAAGGACACGUUUGGGGGCAAUUGCCUGUCGCCCAAGUGGACAGGAGGGCUGAGCAUGAACUGGCAUAAAGCCACAGUGGUGGUCAGUGGAGAGAAAGGCUCAGAAGUGAGCCCCGAGGUCGCCAGUCAGUACCCGGCCAGGCCCUGUGGCCCCGAGGCCACCUCUGGGAGGGCCGUCCAGGCUGCCGUCUGGGAGGCCCAGCACCAGGGCCCCGAAGGAGCUGGAAACAAGCCGGGAGGUUGCAUUGCAGCAGGAGAAAGGGGUACCCCCCGGGGAUGGCCUCUGGACGCUCCUUCCAGGGUGAAGGACGAGCCCUCUGACUUCCGAGUACGGCCACAUCCAGAUGUCCAGAAAGGGCCCCCCGUGGUGGCUGCCAGUGAGGGCGAACCGAGGCCAGCGGCCCCGGCGCCAGAGCCCGAAGCCAGGAUGCGGAAGGCGGGGGCCACGGACCAGAGAUUCGAGCGGUGGAGGCGGAGGACUCUGCCCCCCGACGUGAAGUUUGAUGAAUUCAGCUUCCUCGCCCCAGAACACUCUCAGAAGGUGGAGCAGAGACGCACAGAUUAUUUGAGCCCCUCCGCUGGUGCCUUAAGAAAACCCCAGCUCUCCCACAAUAGGACUGAGUCCCGGGAGGGGGGCCCAGGCGUUUCACAGGACCGGCCUCUCUUGGCCGUGAAGCAGGGGUCACCGGUGGAACCCAAGGCCACGUUUUUUGCAGUCACCUAUCAGAUUCCUGAUACUCAAAAAGCAAAGAGUGUUGUUAAGCCAGGGCCUGAAUACUUGACGGAACAUUCUAGAAAAAUAACUCCGCCUCCAUCACCGCACCCUUUAACGUUGACUUUGGGUUCUCUUGACCACGAAGAGCCACUGGAGACGGCCGCUGGUAAAAACUGGGGUAAGGGCAGAGAGCGUGACAACGCGGGCUUUUCAAAAACCCUGAAGCCAACAGACCAUCCGUCGUCUCUUGGGGACAGGAUUCUGGAUUCUUCUAGUGAAAGGAUCAUCGGUGCUGAUGCUUUACGGAUUUAUCGGGGACCAGAAAAUGGCACUGGUGUUCAGAACGACUGGAAGGACAACGAGAACGAGACGUCCACCAGUAUUGCUCCCAAAACGACCCCCGCUUUCAAAAGUCGUCCGAAGGCCGGCGACCUCCUGGUCAGAAGGAAGACCGAGGUGAUCAGCGAGACGUUUCCAGGUAAAAUCAAAGACGGCUACAGGUCAAGCGUUCUCGACAUUGACGCCCUGAUGGCGGAGUACAAGAAGCCGGGGGCUCAGGGGUCCCUGGAGGGUCCGUCCAGCAGCUCGUCUCUGGAGAGGCCGGGCCAGCAAGGCGUGGGGGACCCGAGAAGAUGGAGCCUGAGGGAGGGGCCCAGAGCCGAGGGUCUCCGCAAACACGCUGGUUCUGCCGAAACAAACCACAUUUCCGCUCCUGGCUCUGGCGAGCAGCCGGCAGAGACCCCAGGGCCAGCCACGAACCCCAAAUUCAGCCCCCCUCUCUGGGCUCUGCCGCAGUCAGCUCCUUCUGAAAAAUCUCCAGGAGCCUCUUCUGGCCCAGGGGGUCCCAGGAAGAGAGUCUCAGGAAUCGCUGAGGAUGAAAAAAAGGCUUUUGCAAAUAAGUCUCACGGGGCGAAGGGUCAGAAUUUCCCGGCCGAGGCAAAGCCCGCGGCCUGGGAGGAGCCGGGCAGUGGCGCCACCGUGUCGCCCAGAUCAUUCCCCGCCGACCAGAAGAAAGAGACCCCGAGGAAAGCCAUCGGGAGGGGAGAGGAGGGCAGUGUUGCCCAGUGGGGUGACCACCCCCCAGACUGUGGAAGGUUACCACCGGACGUCAAGAGGGUCUGUUCGGAGAAGGGCCCCCCUGUCAGAGUCCGGGAGGGCCUGUCCAUCAUGCAGGAAGCCAGAGAGAGGAGGUGGGAGCAGCCCAAAGGGAGGGCCAGCCUCCUGGAGGAGAGUUCAGAGGCCAAGGAGACUCAAGUGGGGCCCCGUCGGCGGGAGUCGGGGACUCGAGACAGUCAAAAGGUGCCGCCACGGGACCAGGGAAGGGAGGAGGCCCUGCAGGACAAUGAGCGGGCUCUGCAGCCGGUGUCCCCUGCGGCCUCGGGCCCCCAGAGAAGCCACAGCUUCUGCAAGGACAAGAAGAGCGGGCCCUUCAUGGACCAGCUGAAGCAGUGUUUCUCCAGGAGGCCCCCCGAGGCCAGGGACACCGACACCCUCGUGCAGGAAGCUGACAGCCAGUAUGGGACAUGGACGGACCCACGUCAGAGCGGGGAGAGCUUGGCCCCCGAGUCCCCGUCCCCGGACAGCAGUGCCGCGUCGGGGCGGAAACAGCCCCCCAGCAGCCGCUUGUCCUCCCUGUCCUCGCAAACGGAGACCCCCUCCGCUGGGGACCAGCCUGAGGGCUCCAGAGACCAGCGGAGCACCAGUGCAGACCGCUCCAGCACUGACCUGGAAUCCACCGACGGGACGGACGGGCUGCCCGCCCCGGACGCCUCCCCUGCCAAGAGAGUGGACGACUUCUCCUUUAUCGAUCAAACCUCAGUCCUCGACUCAAGUGCCCUCAAGACCCGGGUGCAGCUCAGCAAGAGAAGCCGCCGCCGGGCUCCCAUCUCCCACUCCCUCCGGCGCAGCCGAGUGGGCGAGUCGGAGAGCCGAUCUCCACUGGAGGAGGACGCUGACAGCAGGUGGAUGUUCAAGGACUCGACGGAAGAGAAAUCCCCCCAGAGGGAAGAAUCUGAUGAGGAGGACAAGCCCUCCAGGGCCGAGAGGACACCUGUCAGCCAUCCGCAGAGGAUCCCCGUGUUCCCAGGCAUGGACCCGGCCGUGCUAAAGACUCAGCUGCACAAGAGGCCCGAGGCCGACAGUCCCGGCGAGACCCCCGGCCGGGCCCCCCAGCCCAGGACCCCCAAGUCCCCCUUCCAGCCUGGGGUGCUGGGCAGUCGCGUGCUGCCCUCCAGCGCAGAGAAGGAUGAGAGAUCAGAAGAGCCGUGUCCGCAGUGGCUGCGGGAGCUGAAAUCCAAGAAGAGGCAGAGCCUGUGUGAGAAUCAAGCUUGAGCAGACAGGGGACACUGCCACGUCUAAUGAACAGAAGCCUUAACUGUCACAACCCCCAGACACGGCCACACUGCUGCCGUUCUCUCCUGCACGACGGUGACCAGCCAGGACCCCUCCGGUCGGGUGGAGAAUGCUGUCCGGUGCCCCCCGCUGGCCCUCCCGGAUCGGGCGGCACAGCUCACCCAGCACGUCUCCCCAGACAGCACUUCAAGCCGGAAAGAAGCCGGGCUGCCCAGAACUGUCCACGCUCGCAGUUUGGUUUUUUACUUAAAAAUGUGCAUUUCUGCCCACUUCGGACACCUGCAGCAGCUCCAGCAACAUGGAUGUGAGGCUGGACCGUCUCUCCGGUUGUGGAAAACUCCUGUAUUUUGAAAGCAUCUCUUCUCCCGCCCCAGGGCAGGUCUCUUUCAAAAGGACAUUUCCAGGGAGGAAGAAGCCAUUCGUGGCCUGCCGUCAUUGUGGUCCAAGGUGGUACCUUCCGCUUGGGGUUUUGGAUGGCUUUUUUCAUGAAUUCCAUCACCCUGUCGACGAAUCAGCAGUUCGAUUUUCAAACACCCCCACUCUCCUUCUGUCGAGUGUCUCUCUCCCUCUGGCGGGGCUGCCUGCAGAGUUGGCCUGUUUCAUCGUAUGUCACUUUCGUUCGCUUUAGAAGGUGAUAAAGCAAUAAUUCAGCCAGUUUUCUUUGAAA